AUGGCCUGCUUGCGCGCGCCCUGCCCCGGCUCCCACCUUGCCCUGUGUGCCCACCAAGGUCAUCUGCGGCUUCCGUGCGACCGUGGGGGUCUCGUCACUCCAACUUUGGCCGAGAUCAAGUUUGCGUUUGGAGAAAGAGGUCAGAAGGUUCUGGGCCAGGAUAAAAGCUUGAGACACUCUGUUUCACACGGAAGCAGUGACAGCUCCGGACAGUCACUCCGGAAAUGCUUUGUGGAUGCUGCCCGGGAAGGGGUACAUCCGGGUCAGCGAGGGAGCCGGGAGACAGGCGUGUUUGCCUGCGGUGGUUCUUCUGACCGACCCCGGUCAGUGGUCCGCAGCGCCCUCUCUUAG